AUGGCAGCUCAGGCAGCUUCGGUUUGGCUGGCCACAGGUUCACGGUUCCAGGGCAGCCCUUCGUGCCCCAAAGGGAUUGGGCCUAGCCCUGACACUUCCAAGUGCGUGUACGGAGAUUACAGGCGCUUUUUCCCUGUCCAGCAUGCAGAUGGCCGCGAGGGUGUCGUCUGGGAGGACAUGGAAAGCAAGGCUGUGAAAUUGACUUGGCUCUCACUGGACUUGCUGUCCUCGGAGACCGUUUCUUUGAUCGUCCCGUCAGCAAACGUGCUUCUUGUCGGUGCUGUUGGCGAUGGCCUUGGAGCCGUAGUUCUUCUUCUAGGCGACAGCAGACAGCCCAGCAGUGCGACCGGCAAUGCCCCAGCAGAGCUUGUCAAGUUCGAUGGGGCCGGCAACGAGCUGCAGAGAGUAGCCUUUCCGGUCGACGAGCUAAACCUUUGGGCCUUUUUCUCCUCUGGGGCCUCGCUCGUGUGGCUUGCCAGUUCGGACACCAUCUCCAUAACACUCACAAUGCAAUGGAUUGAUUUUGGUGAUGGAGUGAACCACCAAGGAGCUACCAACAUCAUCUUGAAUGCCACAACCUUGCAGAAGCUCCGGACGGUCAAUGCAGGUAGCCACACCUGGGCCAGCUCCCUGAAGGUGUCGGAGAAGAAUGACUAUUACCUGGGAAUGAUCCUGGCGGAUGCGUAUCCGCGUGCGAUCAUGGUCUCAGAGUAUCGGGCCAGCUCAGAAGACAAACGAGGCCGGAUUAUUUACAAACCCAAGAUCGCGCACAGGACUUCGAGCACCAAUCCAGCAGGAAAGGUUCUCCCCGUGUAUCAGGAGAUCUCCACGGCAAGCAAGACCUUCUACCAGUGGAGCAAGAACGACAACGCGGUCUACACCGAGCUGGCCCACCCGGGCCUGCAUGAGCUCAACGACACAGUUCUCGUGUUCUUCGCUGGGGAGGAUCCACCGCUCGACAAUUCUGCAGUGGGAAGUCUGCUGAAUGCUCCUCGAAAUCUUGGCUUCAUCAAGAUUCCACGCGACUUGACCAGUGGUGAAGUGCUCUCGCCUGGGGACGUUGAGAACGGCGGAUUCUAUGAUGAAGAUGGAGUGUGGCAUAACAUAACGAACCACGGGGUUAGUUUUCUGACUUCCAAGACGGACAUAGACGAGUCUAUAACUCGCGUGAAGACCGCAGAGCUCAACGGCUCAAUCCUAAUCUUUUGGGAGGUUUGGUCCCGCAAGAUCUACCAAAGGAAUGAGUUCAUGGUUGUCAACGCCGCUGGUGGGUUGGAGCAUGCUGAGACAAUCCUAAACUUCCCGUUCAACUUGCCCUUUGCUGAUGACGUGCUCGUUAUCAACGGCAAAGCUGUUGCUUACACUGGAGAUCCAGGCAAUUGGCUGGUUCGCUACGAGAUUUGCUACCAGAACUGUGACCCGCCAAGGUCACCCAGCGAUGUCGGCUCAAGCACGUCAACAGUCAGCAGUACCCCAUCCACGGGGAUUGGCAGCAGCACAACGUCAGGGAGCAGCGGUACCACUUCAGGGGGCACUGGUACCACGUCAGCGGACACCGGUAUCACGUCAACCAGCGGCAGCACCACGUCAGCCAGCGGCAGCACCACGUCAACGGGCAGUGAUGCCAACGAGGCUUCAUCAGCCUUUUCGGCUGCAUCCAUAAGUUUGGCCACGCUGCAAUCUGUACUCGUCCUUGCAGCGUAG